UGACAGCCAUCCAGAAUUUCACUGACAUGAUUUUAGGAUAUUAGUGAAAUGGAAUCAACUGAUCCAAGACAAAGUCGUAUCCCAGUGCCAUGUCCUGACAAACCAGAACGUCCAGAAUCUCCAUUGACUGGUUUGGAAUUCGACAUGUCCAGGCUAAGUUUAGAAGCUGAAAAUGAAGGACUUAAAGAGAAAGUGUAUGAACUACAAACUGAACUACAGGACGAGAAAAGUCAUGAGCAUCAUUUAAGAAGAGAACAACUAGUUGAGGCAAGACAGAUAAGGCAGGAAGAGAGGAAGCGUGCUCAGGCAAUGAUGAGCGAGGUGAGGAGAAAAUUGUAUAAGGAAAAACAACAAGAAGUGCAUGAGUUGAGGGAAAGAUUAUUGAAGGAAAAGGAGAAAGAGAUUACAUACAUUAUCAAGCAGAAAGAUGACGAAUUCAGAAAGGCUCAGUUUAACUGGCAUCGUGAGAAAGAAGAUCUUGUUCAAAAGCUUCGUAUUAAGUUCACAGAUGAGGUUCGUGAAGAAGCACACAAGAGUCAUGAGAAACAGAUAAGGAAAUUAGAGGUUCACAUUGAAGAACUGAAAGAACAGAAGAGCAAGGUAGAGGAAACCUGUAAGCUUGCUCAAGAUGCAGACAAAAAGAAAGUUAGUCAAAUAAGAAGAAUCCAUUCAGAACAUGAACAGGAACUGACAAAACUGAAAAGAAGUUCUUGGCAGGAAGGCCGUAAGCAGAUGGCGGAAAUCCGACAACUGACAAACAUCAUCCAUCAGCUGGAGAAGAAGCUUGGUGUUGAGUCGGGUCACUACAUUCGUUUACAACUGGAAAAAGACAGUUUGAGGGAUAAACUGGAUCGCAUCAAAGGAAGUGAAUCUUCAGGAAAAAAGAGUCCAUUGUCAUCUUCAAGAAUGGACUUAUCCAGUGACCUGUCAAUGUUUUCGUUUCCAUCUGGGGAUGAUUCCAAUCCAUUGUGGAUACAGUUAAAACAACAGAAAUGCGCCAUUGCCCAACUCAAGCAAAGCAUUCAGGACAAAAAUAGAAGAAUCGACUUACUCAAACAAAAACUGUUUAAAAACCGAAGAUAUGGUCCCGGUGGCUUGAUGCAUAGAUCAAUGGAUGAUAUUUUGUCGUACGAAAGUGGACCCGAACGAGAUGAUUGUAUUUCACCGGUUUUUGGAAACAGCACGGAAAGCUCUGACACAAGUUCGUUAAAUGGCGAGUCAUUUCAAUGGGAAGAUAAUCAAGAUGCUGAAAUAAUUCGCAGGUUACAGAAAGAAAUUCUUCAACUACAAAAAGCGCAUUCUCUUCUACAAGCUCAGACUGGGAGCUCUGUAGAUGCGAAGCGAACGCAGUUGGAGAGAGAGCAAUUACAGACUGACUUAAUCGAGGCACAGAGACAAAUUGACGAGCUUAAAAAGGAUCUUGUUGAGUCUCAUGACCGCAAUGAAUUACUGGAGUUUCAACUUCAGGAGUCCUUGCAGCGAAAUUUUGACGAGGGAAAUUAUAUUUCCGCAUUUAAGAUCCCAACGCUGUGUAUUGAUUACAAGUUUUCAGAUAAAGAACUUUUGUGCUCAGCUGAAGAGGUGAAAGCGAGAUUGGAGGAAUUGCAAAAUGAGAAAAAACCAGUUUUAAAUCGUGACGAGCAGCUCGCUCUUGAACAAGCGAAAAUAUUGCUGAGAAAUAUCACCACAAACACUGUCAAUAUAUGUACUGAGAAAGUUUCUAAGGCAUUUAGUUUUACGGAGAAACCGCCUGGUGCUUCCAAGGCGACUCAAAAAGACUUCCUUCAACUUCCUAUGUUUGAUGACUCAUUUCACAGCGAUAGUUUAUUGGAAGGAGAAGAUGAAUUUAUCCCGAUAACGCCUGACUUGGAGGAAGAAUGGUUAGAAAGAUCAGCGUUUGAACCUACGAUGAAGGAUGACGUUGAAAGGCAGAAACCUUCAGAAGACUUUGAAGAUAGAUUUCAGACAGAUUUUGAUGAUCGUCUUGACAAUUUGACUGUAAAAUCGAGUGCAUCUGAGCCAGAAAGACAAGAUAUAACUAGUAUGAAGAUUGAGGUAGCUUGCCAGUGUGAUAUUUGGACACAGGAGUUGUUCAAUCGAGACGUUGAUUCCCCCAAUGGUGUUCUUGAGGACCUGCUAUGUGACUUGGAAGUUCAGACAGGUUUCGGCGGCGAGCACGCUGGGGAGUUUGGCCAGAGAUCUAUCGCUGAAGAUGUAUCGGUUCAAAAGAUCGAUACAGCAGUCCAAUGCUCGACAAAUCUUCCGGUGGUAGAAAGAUCUGCUCAGUGCAAUAUCUUAGAAAUAGAAGCCCCAAAAGGUGAUAUGAUAAUCAAGCUGGAUGCUGGCAAUGUUGAUGUCUGUAAGUUUAAGAAAAUUAAGAAGUAUAAGGACAUUGGUACUCAGUUAGUUCCUGGUGAAGUCAACAUUACGAUUGAUCUUGAAAGAGUCCUACCAGACGAUCAAACUUCUCUCCACUCUACCAAAGAUUCUGGAAUUGACAAGGACGUGCAGUGCAAUAUCAUAGAAAUUUUAACACAUCAAGAAGAAAUCUUAGAAAUUUUCACUGAAUUUGAAACACGCCGUUUUAGAGAGAUUCCUAUAUUGAAUGAUGUUGCUGUUCAAACUGAAAUUGACAUUACAGAUAAUGAUGUCAUCUUUAAUGAUACCAUGGUUGAGGUCAUGAGUGAUGACAUCAAGGUUGAUGACGUCAAGGGCGAUGACGUCAGAGAUGACGUCAUGUGUAGUGAAGUUCGCGAGAAACACGAUGGAGAAGCGAGCGAGAAAACUUUACUGGGCCUUGGAUGGAAGGAUUUCGUGGACGGCUCGGAACUUGGAGAUGAUGCGAAGCAUUUGGAUUGCAUUGUUUACGAAAAGGAGGAUGUUUUUAUUGUCAUUUGUGAAUCUUAUCGGAAAUAUUGCAAGGAAAUUUCCAGCAAUGAUUAUACGUUUGAUUUCGAUAAUGAUGCCGCUUGUGAUCAGGUGGAAACACAUCCGGAAGAUCAGAUGAAAUAUGUUUUGAAACAAAACACCAGCGAUGAUAAUAUGCUCGCAGAUAAAGUCAACAGUCGACGAAAUCUUGAUGUUGAUGAUAAUAAAAACAUCUCUGCAGCAAUUAAACAGGUUCCUCUUGAGAUGAAAACUGUCGAGGGUCAGUAUAUUGAAACGUGUGAUAUUGGUAUCCAAUGUGGCGACCAGGAAGGCGAGUGUGUUGCAGAAAAUGGAGUAAAAGUUGACACUUGUCCUCACUGUUUGAGGCUUCUUUCCGCCUCCCCCGGGAAUAAGAUGCUUCUUGCUAACCAAACAAUAGAAAGUCGUUCUUUCCCGGAUGGUGCGGCGGAUAGUUCUAUGCCUUAUUCACGUUUAAACGAAAUGGAUGUUGCCGAAAUGAACGAGGAAUUGGGGGAUGAAUUUCACCUGGCUGACGUUGAUUUCGGGUUUCGAGAAAUGUGCGAUUUUAGCGUUCAGUGUGUUCUUGAUAAUGAUGACAUUCAUGAUCAUCCUCACUUGUCUUCGUGCAGGGACAUUGGAAUACAAUAUGAGCUUGCAGAUAUUCUACCCUCUGAUGACACUAUUUGUUCAUUAAAAAAUGUCCCGUGUCGAUCCUGUGGUCAUUGUAUACCCUCGUGUAGUGAGAAAGAUACUCAGUGUGAAUUUGCGGAUUUGUUAUCUGCUUCAAACGAAAUGCUGGACAUCCCCGAUGGGGUACUCCGUGAAGAUGAGGGUGAAUCAUUGAUUAAGGAGGUUAUGGCAUUGGCUAAGGAAUGUAGUCAGAACGAUGCAUUAAUUGACCAGCAUUUGAGCGAGGUUGUACGAGGGCAGGGGUUGUUUUGUCAGAUUCAAGACGGAAAACAUAAUGAUCAAGAAGAGAUUCCAUCCGGCGACGAGCAUAAUCCAGAUCUUCACCUCCAGAUUCCAAACUCGCAAUUCCUCUCAGAGGAUGAGGAGAUUGCUCAGAAUUUCGACACAAUUCCUGACCAAUAUGAAGUACCAUCAGAGGAAGGAAUACCACAUUUUUCUUGGAAAGAACUCAUAGACGUGGAAACACAAUGCGAGGGAAUCUGUACUUUGGAACUGAGAGAAGAUAAGGCUGUUCAGUGUACAAUAUUGGAUGACAGUGAGGUCUUCGCUGGUUACAAGAGGAAAGACGACUCAUUGCCGGAGGAACACGACUACAUUACGGCGGACCACGGUGAGUCUCGUUUGCGGGAGACUUCGGUCCUCACAGAUGAUGGUGGUGAGUCCAGAGUUAUUGCAGAAAGUACGUCUUCAAAUCCCACGUUAAAUAUCGAUCUUAAUAAUGUGUUUGAUGAGAUGGAAGCUCGUCCAGUUAACCCAAUACAUCAUGUUGUUUUAACACCACAAGAGGAACCUUCGGAUGUCAGCGAAGAGAGUCCGAUUGUGACACGACGACAUGACGGUGUGCCACGUUCUAUCAUCGAGGAACCGAGAAUAAUCCGAACAUCGAAGGAUGAUACGUUAGAUGCUCUCGAUGAAACACUUGAGGCGUUUGCAGCGAAGGAGGCAGAAUUUAUGAAUGGCGAAAGUUCUGCCGGAUCAAACAUCAAACAAACUGAGAAUGUUUAUCAUUCUCGCCAUGUUGACAUUUCAGCUAAAGGUACUGAAAGAGAACUAGAAGGAUCCACUUUCAAAUUGUCUGAUGGAGGACAAGGGAGAUUAACUUCUGCUGAGAGUGAGCAAAGCAGCGUGCUGGAUGAAACUUCUAGUUCAGAGAACUCUUCUCAAACGACCGUUGAAAACAGAAAUCCAGCUUUACAAGAUAGUUCCACGCCUAUCGUAAACAGUCACCCACCUACUCAAACCAAUCACCCACCUACCACAGAUCUACCACCGCCUUUACCUGUCACACUACCCCCAGACCUUCCCUCUGUUUCCCCACCCAGUCUCAUGCACAAUGACCUUGACGAUGACAUUGACGAGCUUCUUGCCGGAGAACUGUACCAAGAUAUCGGAGAAAUGACCCCGGAUAAUAUUGAGAACCCGCAUGGUAUUCGAGUCACGUUAGAACAAGAAAUUGAAACAAUUUUGGAAAGCGAUGAUUCGUCUGUCAGGUCUGAGUCCAACACAGUAAUGAGUGUGGACAGUCUUGGUGUAAACCAAGCUUCCAGAAUUGGUAGCAAUACACGACAUAUUAGAAUGGACUCUUUGGAAAAGAUCAAUCAACAUGAAAAUACAGCUGUUUUUAAUGACGCAUCGUUUCACGAUAAUGAUGUCAUUUCCGACGAUGUAACUUCUAUGAGUGAUGACGUCGUAUAUAAUGAUGAUGUCAUACUUAAAACGGACGAUCAUUUGACGUUUGCCAGUGUUGAGAACUUUGCUUUAGAUACGCAUUCAAAGAGUACUAGGAAGUCAAUGAAUUUUUAUGGUAGCUCACAAAGGAUUGUAGAUUGGGAUAGUGCUCCAGUUAAACACGUUGCUUUUGAAAGCGAAGCCAGUGAGGCUUCGACGGCUGGAUCUAGUUCUGUGAGUGAACCUCCCCUCCGCAGGCAACCUCCAGCUGUUUUACCCAAACCAAAAUACCGAUCUCAUAGUACGAACCUUCCAAUAUCAGACUUACCCCCCGUCCCUGCGCGAGGCGAGAGAACAAACUCUAUGGCCGCACAGAAAGAUAUUGUGGAUGGAUAUUUUCCUCCGGUAGGCUUGGUCACAAAACGAGCCAGCGAGUUCAACCUGGGAGAGUUUGAUCUGCUGAAAGAAAGGAUUUUGUAUCUUGAAAGACAGUUGAAGAAUAAAGAAAAUUUACUACAGGCGAUGAGGGCUGAAGCGGCAGAGAUUGAAACUAACGCAUAUAUUCAAAAGAAAGAAGAAGAUAUAAAAAUGAUGGACGAAAGUGUUAGGUUUUUAAAAGUGGAGAAUCAAAAGAAAGAAAAGGAACUUCUUACAAAGAUCGGAGAAAUCAAUAAAUAUACUUUUGAAUUGGAACAGUUGAGAUCAGAGCGUGCAAAUGCAGAAAGACAACGAGAAAUUCUGGAAGAGAACGUGGCCUCACUACAGGAUCGUGUCUCUCUACUUCAAACCGUCCAGGCCCAGAAUCAAGAAUUAAAAUGUAAAUAUGAGGGUUUGAGAAAAGAGAAUACUCAUCUUCAUGAGCAGGUCAACCGACUUCACAGAGCGGAUGAAGAAUUCGUGGAACUGGAAAAAACUAUUUCAAAGUUACAAGGAAAGUUGAAAGAACUCGAAGAUGUGAAGCGUGAACGAGACGAGGUGAAUGAACAGUUGAAGGCUUUGAAAACCCAGAAAGAUGAUUUGGCUCAGAAAGGAAGGAAAGUUGAAACAGAGAGGAAUGACUUCCUCAUGAAUAACAAACUUAUACAGCAACAAAAAGAGAACUUAGAAGCCAGAAAUACUGCCUUGCAAAGGACGAAUGAUACUUUCAAAACUAAGAUAUCGAGUCUCGAGAAAGAAUGUCGUGAUUCGCAAAGGAAAUUAUUGGAUAUUCAACGCGAACGAGAUGAAGGAAGCUCUCAGCUGCGAAAACUCGAUGCUGAGAGAAACGAAUUGAGAAAACGCGUGAACGAGUUGAUUCAAUUCAAGUCAGAAGUGAAACAAUUCCAAACUAAAUCACAAGAUCUUGAACGAGAGCUCAACUAUCUUCGUAAUCAAUCCAAGAAGAUUGAAAGUGAACGAACCGAGUUGUCAACAGAACUGGGAAACUGCUUGAAGGAAAGGAAUAGACUUGUAGGGCGAACUGCUGAGCUUGAGAAACUCACGAGAGAUAACGAGAAACUGGAGGAGAAAUUCCAUACAUUGAAGUUGAAGAUCGCGGAACUAACAGGUCAGCGGGACGACGCUGAAGUGCAGCUCCCCACUUUAAAGGCUAAAGUUGCAUUAUUGAAGAAAGCUUGCAAAGAGAAAGACGAUCAGUUAAACAAACUCAAGUCAGAGAUUCGUGAACUAAAACAUUCAAUCGCCAGUUCUGCUUUGGAAGAUUUAUCAGGCGGUAUUCAAACUCUUGGUUUUAGUAGCCCUGCGAAAUCUGUUAAGUUUCGAGAACCGCCUGACUUCAAUAAUAAUCAUGUCAGAUCAGAUGAUUCUGUGAAAGGCAAACGCUUUGUUGCAAUCUUUGAUUAUAAUCCUGAGCGUCUGAGUACAACAGGUCACCCAGAAAGGGAACUGAAACUGAACGAAGGUGACGUCAUCGUGAUCAACAGUGACCUUGACCUGAAUGGAUAUUACAUGGGCGAACUGGAUGGGAAGAGAGGAUUGGUGUCGAGUUUGUAUAUUGAGGAGAUGGAUGAAUAUAAUAUGAGAAAACUGAAAAAGCAGCGUGAGUUGAACGCCUCCGAAAGUUCUUUCAAGAGGAAAGACUUGGAUUACAAACCUCCCAAACCAUCCACUUCCCUGCUUGGUUCUGUGAGACGUUCUUUUGUUGCUGUAAAAGAUUACAAUCCUUUUACAUCAAGUACUUCAACCAGACCUGACCUUGAGCUGCCGCUGACUGCAGGGGAAGUGUUGACGGUCAUCGGUGACGUGGAUGCCAAUGGAUAUUAUACUGUUGAAAAAGGAGGUAGACUUGCCAUCACUCCCUCCAACUUAUUGAAACCAAGUUCUCCGUCUCCCGCGAGGCCGACCAAGUUGAACAUAACACCUUCUCCUGUACAGACCAGAGAGCAAGUUCGGUCGCCAGAGAACACCCGAGGUGUUUCCACUCUUCAUUAUCCAUCUUAUUCCCCUAUCGUCCCGAGUCAGUCAACUGCUAUCCACGCAGGUCCUCCAGGUUCCACACCAUAUGCAUCAAAAGAAAUCACAGAACAGUUUGUUAGACAAAGUAAUCUGGAGAAUACGAUGAGAACGGAGAAUGCUGGUGUUAGUAGAGAAAGCGCAGAGGGAAGGAUUAUGAACUUCUCGUCAGCUUUGCCAUCAGCGCCGAGAAAUCUUCGUGUUUUACGGCGUGUUAAUAAAGAUGCUUUGCUUCUUGGCUGGCUCACGCCAGAGCUUGAUCAACUUGGGAGAAACAACGGCCAUCUUAUCAAAGGCUACAAGAUACUCGUAAAUGGUCAACACAAGCUGGACGUUGGCAGUCCUUACAUGGCCAAGGCUUUGAUUGAAAAUCUUGAUCUAUCACGUCCUCUUGUUCUCGCCAUUCAAACGGUCGCCGAAAACGGAUUCUCUUCUGAAAAAUCUCUCGCUCAUUUUAACGAAUCUGAUAUGGUGAAUACCACGUCAGUUACAACGGAGGCUGUCUCAAAUCCAGAGGAUACUCUCCCAUACCGAACUUUUGUCGCGUUGUUUAGUUAUGAUCCGUUGAAAAGUUCUCCGAAUCCAAACCCGACGUACGAGUUGGAAUUCCAAGAAGGGGAUAUAAUUCGUGUGCUGGAUACCUCCCGACCUGACGGUUACUACACAGGACAGGUGAACGGUAACGAAGGACUUGUUCCCUCAAACUUUCUUGAAGAAAUUGCCAUUGCAACAAGGCCACAAGAUAGAAAGCGUGAUAAAGAACUGAAUGGUUCUGCGAGUCCCCAAAAGGCAAAGGCGAUGGUCGCCAUAUAUGAUUACAACCCAAGUACCCAAUCCCCCAACAAGCACCCAGAUCGUGAACUUAGCUUCAGAAAGGGACAGAUUGUUCGAGUACAUAACUCUAUGAGGUCAGAUGGUUUUUACGACGCCGAUAUUAACGGCGAACGAGGUCUGGUUCCAGCAACUUUUCUUAAACCAUGCAAACGAAAAUCAGCUAAGUCAGUCAACUCGACGAACGGUUUGGCCUCGUUGCCUCGCCGAGUCCAAUUUGCGCACGAGCAAGACUCACGUCAGAUGACGACAGGUUACGUUUAGUGUCGACUAAA